AUGAUUGUUCCCAAUGGCAGCAGUUUUACUGAGUUUCUCAUCCUGGGAUUUUCUCCAUCUGAGAAGCAGAAGGUUCCACUUUUCCUCCUGUUCCUACUGAUUUACCUUUUCACUGUCAUAAGCAACACUCUCAUCAUUGCUCUAAUCAGCCUGAACAGUAACUUGCACAAACCCAUGUACUUCUUCCUCUGUAACAUGUCCUUCUUGGAUAUAUUCUUCACUUCUGUUACAGCUCCAACCCUGCUCCACAUGCAACUCUCAGAAGACAAGAGAAUCUCUUUCAGGGCUUGCAUGACCCAACUCUACUUUUACGAUUCUUUUGGUGCCAUGGAGUACAUGAUGCUGACGGCCAUGGCGUAUGAUCGUUACCAAGCUAUCUGCAACCCACUGACCUACCAUCAGAAUAUGAGCCGAAAUGUGUGUUAUGGUUUAGCUGGAUUAUCAUGGGCUGGAGGCUUUGCGACUAACCUUCUUCUAAAUAUCUUGAUAUCUCGUUUCCGUUACUGUAUUUCUAAACAAAUUAAUCACUUCUUCUGUGACCUCGCUGCAUUGCUGAAGUUGGUAUGUGAUGAUACAUCGGCCGUUGAGUUCUUGAUUUAUGCUAUGGGGGGUUUAAUCGUUCUUAACUGCUUCUUACUCACCGUAACUUCCUAUGUCUUCAUUGUCAUUGCCAUCUUCAAAAUUGCCACAAGGGAGGGCAGGUUCAAGGCAUUCUCUACAUGCACUUCCCACCUCACUGUGGUCAUUCUUUUUUAUGGCAUGAUUGCAUUGUUGUACCUAAAGCCGUUAUCUUCAAACUCUCUUAAUAAUGGGAAAGUCCUUUUCCCUCCUGAAUUCAUACAUCAUUCCUAUGCUAAACCCAGUUAUAUACACGUUAAGGAAUAA